GAUUAAAUUGACAUUUUACGGUCGAUCGAAUAAAGUGUCAUAAAUCGUAAACAAAGUUCUGAUAUCUCAUCCUUUUGUUUUUAUGGUAAAUGGUCUGUAAGGUGAAAAUCCGUGAAGUAGGACUAGGUCCGUCUUAGCGAGGAAGAAGCUGGUGAUUAUUCGACACAGUUGUACAUUUGGCAGGCCGUUAAUAUGGCUUCUGAAAUGAGUAGUUCGAUGCAUUCCCGUCGAAUUGGGGUUUUGCAUGGAACGCCUGAAAGUGAUUUCAGUAUCGAAUGCUUUCAGAAUUAUACGGCGGCAGAAGUGUUUGUUCAAGGACUCGCGGGUGUUGUGAAUCAAGGAGAUAUUGAGAUCAUGAUUCGGGCUCAAAAGCAAAUGCUUCAACGUUUCGAAAAGACCAACGAAAUGCUAGUCAAUUGUAACGCUCUCAGUGCAAGCCGUCUCAAAACGGCUGGCGAAGAUUUCAAAAAGCAUAUCAAACUUCUUAAUGAAAUGAAAAAGGACCUAGAUUAUAUCUUCCGGAAAAUUCGUAAUAUAAAAACAAAGAUCAGUCAGCAGUAUCCGAGUGCAUAUGCAGAGGCUUUACCACAAAGAAACAGCUUUGCCGAGGAGGCAGAGGAUGAUGAUGCAGACAGUGUUGUGGAAAAUCCUGCUGCUGUGAAAUCUCAUCGCGAUGGUGCGAGUACUAGUCAUGAGAAGAAAUCAAAAGAAUCCAAAGAAGUAGAUGAUGGAACUACAGUGGAGUAUGUUCAAAUGGAGGAGAGUACGGAUAAUGGGAAACCAAUCGAGAAUGAGUUGAUCAAGAGAAUUUGUUCCAUUGAAAAUGCGACUAAUGCCAAUGAUUCGUCUGAUUGCACCUCGGAGGAUACUGGAUAAAGCUGUUCAUGUUGAAAGUUGGGUUUUUAGGAUACGUUACAUGCCCUUCUAUUCAAGCUUAUUCCAAAACUAUUUGUAAAUUUUUGUUAUUUCGUUAAGAUAUUUGUUUUGUUUCUUUUUCAAGCAAUUUGUAUAAAGUUCGGUUUUCUUGUGACCUCGGAAAAUAUAAAAACAAAGUACAAUAUCUAUU